AUGAGGGCCGCAGCAGCACGUCUUCCCCUCCAACCUUCUCGCUUCGUAAGUCGGCUCCUGAAAGCAGAAUUUAUUCCCGGCAAAGUCAGUUGUCUCCGAGCGCGAAGGCUCCAUACAGUUUCUAAAACUGAUGUUCUGGUAGAAGACGCAAAGCGCGAAAACUGGCGGAGACGUGUUGAUUUAGCGGCGUGCUAUCGUGGUUUUGAAAAGUUUGGAUUGCACGAAGGAGUGUGUAAUCAUUUGAGUAUGAUGGCUCCAGCAGCGGAUGGUAGAGGCCAAGUUAUGUUACUCAUCCCAUAUGGCUUGCAUUGGAGUGAGGUAAAUAUGCUUAUAAAUAUAUUUAGGAAAGUCGGAAUAAAACCCUUAACUUAGACUUACCUACAGGUCGAGCUCAAAAUUUUUCUCGAGCGCAAAGCGCGAGCUAGAAAUUUUUUUUGUUUUUGGUGGCAAAGCGAGCGAGAGAGCGGGAGCUCUGAGGCCUACUACCAGAACCGGAAACGAGAAGCGAAGGACUUUGAGAAAGUCUACCCUUAACUAAGAACAAUAUGCUGUAAUGGGCGGGGCUCAGGCUUUAUUUGACCCCUAAAAUAAAAAGCCCAUACUCAAUCAUGGCCAUGAAGGCGUUUGUUUGUUUGUUUAUUUCGUAUGUACAUAUUUCUUUACAUUCAACACUAAGCCGGAUACCUUAUGUGUAAAAAUACUGGCUCUCCGUUCUCAAUAACUUAAUUGAGACCAAAAUCUGCAAUUUCUACCUCUAAGCGAGGCGACGUGCAUCCCCGUUAUUGACAUUUGGGAGUAAAUUACGUGCUAUUAACAGUUUUUUUGGCCUGCAAUUAUAAUUAGAUGACGAACGAUGGAUUUCUGUCAGUAGAUAGUUGACGAUGGGCGAAGCCCCGACUCAAUUAUCAAAGCCGAUGGAAAUCAAGGGUAGGUCCUUUAAUUGUUUUAUGAAGUCUUCUAGUUUUCAAAUGCGAGAGCACCUUCUGUUGAUUAUAAUCAAGUAAUUAUUCAGAGGCGAAAAACAGGUUUUUCUCGGUUCGCUUUUGGAUAUCUAGUAUACCACAAACAUGGGCUUGAUACAAUACGAAUGGAUGGGAGUAGCGCAUAAAGUAGUGCGCUACACUUGAGGACUUGUCAGAAAUUAGCAGGCGGGGAGGGGGGGUGGAAACAUAGGGAGGGUCACAACUUUUUGAGACUGCAGAAAAGGGAGGGGUCAUGAAAAAUGGGCCGUUAAAAGGGGGGGGGGGGGUCAUGCAAAUAUGUGUCCGUGAUCAUGUAGAGGUUCACCCACAGAAGAAAAAAGAAGUUCAUUAUUUAAAAAAAAACCUGGGAGAAAUAAGAGAGUCGAGUGAUCAGCUGCCAGAAUCGGAGUCGGACUCUUAAUGCUGUCAUCUAAAAUGUAUGUAUAUGGCAUUACAAAGAACAGAUUAGAAAUAUAUUUUAAGCUUUCAUAAUACUGACUCACCCUAGUGUAUUGCAAGAACUAGAUUAUAUCAUUUAUACAAGAGGGGGAGGGUCAUGAUAUUUUAGGCCAAGGUCAUGGGGAGGGUUAGCAAAUUUCACUCCCAUUGCAGGGAUGGGUCACCUCAUUUCCGGACCCAAAUUUAAAAUUCGUACCCCCCCGCCCCUCCCCCCCUGCUAAUUUCUGACAAGUCCCUUACCUCGGAAGUAAAUUGCAAAUACACGAGACAACUCCGCCUUGCUGAUGAAUCCUAGCUAGGACGAGAUUUCGACGAGAUUGCUGUCCGUAGCAGGUUGCCGCUGUUUUGCCCGAAGUUUUGCCCGGGUGUUAUAGUUUUGCGCAUGCGUAACGUACUACCGGAGCAUAGGUUUAUUCGAGUGAGUGUCACUUACCUUAUACCCUGGGUACCAGAGGUUUUUUCUCGCGUGCGACCAGGAGCAUCCGGCGGGUGUCGGAAACCGCGCAUGAAAAGUCUCUGGCACCCAGGGUACUUACCUUAAGUCUAGCCUGAGUAUCCAGCCUUCCUCGGGCAUUAGGGAAGAGGAGAUUUUAUAGCGCGGAGGAGGAGGUAGCCUGCUUCGCAUACCGUCUAAAUCCCCGAUAUGGACAGUCUGCGCAACAGCUCCCAAAAGGUUUUUCUGGUAUCCCUCAGGUUUGGAGGGAUAUCUGUAUGCAUUUCUAAUUGGCCUAAUUACUAACGCGCUUUGUGAUUGGACAUUUAAUUUCCUUCCAGAGCAAUCUGUCAAUACUCCUCUCUGCAACCGCAACCUAUCUAGGUCUCGAGUGACAAGUCCGCGCGGGGGGGUUGGGGGCUGCCUCCCCUUUUUUGCUUUUCUCUCCCUCCAAACCCCUGAUACUCAGGAUCGGCCUUCAGUGUUUCUCUUGAUAAGAUAUGCAUUUUUUAGGUUCGCGCGUCGUCAUUUGUGGGUUUGAACGAGAGAAGCGAAGUAGUUGAAGGAGAUGGAAAGGCCGAGAUUUCAGCAGCCACUAUUCAUCUAGGAGUUCACAACGCUAGGCCAGACGCAGUUUGUGUAUUUCACCUUCAUCCGCCGUAUUGUACUGCUAUAGGUAAACAUUUCCGCUGAUUUUUAUUUCAGUUACCGUAAGCGAGGGGUUAUUUAAAGGAAGAGCGUAAGUCGUUGGUGUAAGACCCUGAACAAAAGGAAGCAGAGAGCGUCUGUAUAGAACACCAUCUGACGUAUUGGGUAGUGCGGACUUACUAAGAGCAAACAGCCAUCUUUGUGAGAGAAUAUAUCCCCAGAAAGGGCUGAUAAUGAAACAGAGAUGGGAAGUCAUAUAGGGGUUAAGGUUUGUGUAUUCGUACCACUUAGGCUGCUUUGGGUAUUAAGAAAAUCCACCAUUAGAGCUCUCAUUCUUGUUUGGGGAGCUUUUAAGGUUGUCGAGCCUCAAAAUGAUAGAACGAUGUGUUAUUCGACUGAUUUUUUGCUACCUCGUUGGAGUAGUCCUUCUUGAAACUUUUAUCAGUGUCACUUAACCAUUCUUUUCUUAAAAUUUAAUUUCAGGAAGCUUAAAAAAUCCUGAACUUAGAAUGUGCCACCAGAAUUCGUGCAGGUUUUACAACUGCAUUGCCUAUGACCGUGACUACAGCGGGCACAGCCACGAUGAUGAAGAAGGCAUGAGGAUAGGCAGGCAGCUGGGAGACAAGUCGUUGCUGUUCAUGUGUAAUCACGGAGUACUUGUGGUCGCUGAAACUGCUGCCAAAGCAUUUGAUGACAUCUACUAUUUAGAGCGUGCCUGUAUGACUCAGGUCAGAUGCUGGUUAUUACACAGCCUGCGUAUUGUCAUCCCAGUAUAAUCCUUGGUGGUCUACUGCCUGGUGACUAGAUAAAAAAAAGACUGCUACAAGUUGUUGUUGUUGUUGUUAGUAUCGACAGGGGCAAUAAAAAUUAAAGAUAAAUGAAGGCCAAGUACUUCAAGUCACACUUUCUAUAAAAACUGUGUAUUUUUGUUGUUCAAGACUGCUACCAGUCUAUGAUGAUGUAAUGUAGUAAUAAUAUGUUAUAAAAUAAUUACCAUCAAAACAGAAUGAUGGGACAUAAUAGCUCGUUAUUCUCUCUUAUUCACUCAUGCUGCCAUCCAUUUUAUCUUGCUAGGUAUUGGCUUUGUCGACUGGAGAGGCGUUGUUUGAGUUACCAGAAGAAUUAGUUUCUCAGGUGCACGAGCAGUUUCAUAAGGAAAAUGAUGUUGCUAAAAUGAACUUCAGCGGGGCCCAUUUUGAGAGUGUUAAGAGAAUUCUUGCAAAAGAGAAUCCGGAUUUUAUGGAAUGA